CGCAUGCGUACUACCAUCUAGCGGCUCCAGAAUAGGGAGAAUCGGUGGGAGUUAGCAAGCUGUGUAAUGGCGGCCUCGGUGUUGCUGUCUGCGGAGAACACCGGACUUACUUUUGCGUUCGGCAAUUCUGGAACUGUAGGGGCUCCCGGGAAUGGAGUAGGGGUACCGGUUCCUGUACCUUGGAAUCGGUCACUGGACAGGGCAUUAGACGAAGCCUCCGCAACUGGUUGCCUCAACCUCAGCGGCAGGAAACUGAAGGAGUUCCCGAGGAGCGCCGCCAACCACGACCUCACAGACACAACUCGGGCCGACCUGUCCCGUAACCGUCUGCCAGAGCUGCCCGUGGAGGUGUGUAUGUUUGUUUCUCUGGAACACCUGCAGCUCUACCAGAACUGCCUGCGCUCGCUGCCUGAGACUCUUCUCAAUCUCCAGGCCCUCACCUACUUGAACAUAAGUCGGAACCAGUUGUCGACCCUGCCCAGUCCGGUGUGCAGUCUGCCGUUGAAGGUCCUGAUCGCUUGUAACAACAAGCUGGUCUCCCUUCCCGAAGAGCUCGGCCAACUACGACAGCUCACAGAACUGGACGUGAGUUGUAAUGAGAUCCAGACACUGCCUCCUCAGGUUGGUCGACUGGACUCGCUGCGAGACCUCAACAUCCGCCGCAACCACCUGGCCCGCUUGCCCCCAGAGCUGGCUGCGUUGCCACUGGUGCGUCUGGACUUUUCUUGUAACAAGGUGACAUCCAUCCCUGUGUGUUACCGCAACCUGCGCCACCUACAGAGCAUCGUGCUGGACAACAACCCACUACAGAACCCACCCGCACAGAUUUGUAUAAAGGGGAUGAUCCAUAUAUUUAAGUAUCUGAACAAUGAGGCCAGCAAGACUACACCUGAGCUCCCAGACUACGACAGGAGACCCCUGGCCUUCGGAUCCUGUGUGGAGGAGCUGUACCCUGGCCGACCGUACGGAGCGCUGGACUCUGGCUUCAACAGCGUGGACAGUGGAGACAAGAGAUGGUCAGGCAACGAGCCCACGGAUGAGUUGUCGGACCUGCCACUGCGUGUGGCAGAGAUAACCAAAGAACAGAGACAUCGGAGGGAAAGGGAGGAGCACAGGACAACUGGCUCCCAUCCUGUGACCAACGGCACAUUAGAGGCAGAGCUGGAGCAGAUCGACUUUAUAGACAGUUGUACAGGAGAGGAGGAGGAGGAAGAGGAGGAGGGUAGGAGAGGAGAAGUAGCAGAAACCAUCAGCCUCAGUUCCCAGUUCAUGGCUUACAUUGAGCGCCGCGUCACCAGAGAGGGCUCUCCAGUCAAGUCCAACUCCUCCAGAGACUCGAGGACAGACGACCCGAGGCGACACAAUUCUCUGCAGAACAGGACUGCACAUGAUCCAGCCUCUUCUGCCUCUCAUAAUCAGAGAGGGUCAGGGGCCAGGGUUGGUGUUGGUGCCGGUCCGUGCGGGGCGCCGGGUGGGGGCGUGGAGCGCGUGCGGAGGAUGGCCCAGUUGGCCGCCCUGCGGUACGAGGAGGAGAGGCAGAAGUCGCGAUCAGUGCAGCGGGACACCGUCAUGACCUACGUCAAGCACAAAGCAUCUCAAAGCCCUACCAAGCUGAGUCCCACAGAGAACGAGAACGCGUACCCCUCCAGGCGUUCCACCCACACGGACGACUCAGCCCUCUUCAUGCAGGGCGAGGAUCGCUCCUCCUCCCUGUCUCCCACAGCCCUCCAAUCACCUUCUUACCCCGGCCCUGUUGCCCCGCCCUCCUGCCAGGGGCCCGCCCAGCGGCCAGACAGCUUCCUGUUUCGCCUCAGCCAGAAGGAAGAGCAGAGGAGAGGUGAUGGUGCCGCCCCCAGGCCGGAGCCUGAAGAGGUGACCCCUACCCAGCCUCAAGGCCCCAUGGGAGAGGAGGCUGCUCUGGUGGAGCAACUGCGGAAGAACAUAGAGUCGCGUCUGAAAGUGUCCUUGCCCAGCGACCUGGGAGCAGCACUGACCGACGGGGUCGUCCUCUGCCAUCUGGCAAAUCAUGUGCGGCCACGAUCCGUACCCAGCAUCCAUGUGCCCUCCCCUGCUGUGCCCAAACUGACGAUGGCCAAGUGUCGGCGGAACGUGGAGAACUUUCUGGAGGCGUGUCGCAGGAUCGGGGUUCCACAGACCCAGCUGUGCCUGCCCCUCCACAUCCUGGAGGAGAGAGGGCUCCCCCUGGUGGCCGGGAUGGUACGUGCGCUCCUGGAGCUGGCCCCGCCCAAAUACACAACCUCCCCUGCCACCACCACUAACCCUCUGGCCAUGUAGGGCAGCAGAGUUCCACACUCACUCAUGGAUGGACAGAUACAGGACCCACCCUCUCGCUCUCCGAAUGUACGUUAUAUGGCUUUCCCUCUCGACCACCCCCCACUUCCCCUCAACCCUAGACCCCCCCCCCCCCCUCAACCAUACAGGGUCACCCAGCCUUCCCAGACAGGUCUUCCCCAAUGAAGAGAGAAGAGGGAGCACGAGUACGUCAAAGAAAGGGAUGACUGUCUCUUCCUCUGUGUCCUCACACAGACUGCUUACGACUUGCAGCCUUACGGACGAACAGAUGGACAACCGAGAUUGUCCCAGACAAACAGUCAGUUGGACGGCGAGUAAGAGUGGUUUUUUAUUUUCUAUUAUUAGUCAUUUGACUUCUCUCUCCAUCCUCCUCUUAUCUAUGUUCAGUAGGGGUUGUUUUAUUUUCUAUUAUUAUUUCAUCUUAUUUUUCAUAUUCCUUUUACUUUCACAUGUUAGAUCCUUGCAUGUCAGAGGGGUUGGGUGGGUGUAUGGGGAAGGGUUAGGAGACUAGGAAGUUGUCGGUUGCAUAAGUAACCUUUUAAGGUCAUGUGCUACAAAGAGCAACAAUAACGGUGGUGGUCUGUCGUCAUGGGAACAUUGAUGCUGCCAACACUUAAAAUGAACCCGUCUUUUUUUUGUUUUGUUAUUGUGGUCAAAUCACGAGCUGGCUGAAUCAAAAACCGAUGCUGGAUUAGAGAGAGAGAGGGCGCUCCGGGAAUCUACGCUUUAUACUUUCUCAAAAUGUGUACAAAACAUUACGAACACCUUCCUAAUAUUCAGUUGCACCCCCAGAACAGCCUCAAUUCGUCAGGGCCUAGACUCUACAAGGUGUCGAAAGCAUU